AUGUCUCCGUUAGUUCCAGCCCCGCUCCUCCUCCAGGCUCCGCCGCACAUGCUCCGAGCUCCACGCCGCGCUCCGCGUCUCCUGAGCGGCCUGUGCUCUCCUGCGCUCCCGCCAGCACAGAUGAUCUCAUGGAGCUCGAGUCUCGUUUGCGUCUGACUCCACCAUGCACUUUAGGAUUUCAAUAAGAUGUAUGUGUGUUUUGAGAUAAUCAUUUUGCUUCUCUCCGGCAACUUCUGUGCCUUCGUCUACACUCAGGAUCCAUCCUGCUGCCAUCAUGCUGCAGAGCUCUUUCCCCAGUGCAGAGGAGCCUGUGAACAGCUCUCCACCAUCAGGAGUGAAUCGCGUCUGAAGCACCUCCUCCUGCGCUUGCCCAGUUACUGCCCCGAGUCUCUGAGUGAUCUUUGGGUCUGCAUCAACAACACAUUGCCAGGGGCAUUGAAGAAGUCUGACGGAUGGGUGGGUUUGGGCUGCUGUGAGCUGGCCAUCUCCUCCGAGUGCCGCAGGGACUGCAAACAGGCAUCGUCUAGAAAUGACAUCACUAAAAUAUGCAAGAAAGACACAGAGAAACCACUCUACAGCUGUAUCACCAAAAAUGAAAUGGGCUCAGUGUGCUGCAGUUAUGCAGGGAGAUACACAAACUGCCGUGAAUACUGUCAGGCCAUCUUCCGCACAGACUCGUCUCCGACCGUCUCCCAAAUCAACGCGGUCAAAGAGUACUGCCAGAGCAUCAGUCCUCAGCUCAUCGGCUGCGUGGCCAACUACACCAAAUCCUUCCCCAUCCGGAGCCCCAUCGACAGUCUGUACUGCUGUGAGCGGGCGGAGGAGGCUCACUGUCAGACGGCCUGUAAGCAGAUCCUGCGCACCAUGAGCACGGAGCAGGAGAUCAUGGAGGGUCUGAUCAGUGAGUGUGGCGGUCAGCCGCUCCCUCAGGACCCGCUGUGGCAGUGCUUCUUGGGCAGCGCACACCCGCCCACCAUCAGUGACCCCGAGUCACCCCCCAUCGCCACGAUGGACUACGCCAAACUGCACUGCUGCUUCAAGGCCAACACCUCCCUGUGCAGGAACAUGUGCUUGGAGAUCAGCACUAACUGGGGCACUCAGACGUGGCAGGAGUUCGACCAGCACUGUGAAUACAACCCGGCUGAGAUGGACCUCAUCACCUGCUUGGCUGACGUCAGGGAGCCGUGCCAGUUAGGCUGCAAAGAGCUCAGCUACUGCACCAACUUCAACAACAGGCCGACAGAGCUGUUCCGCAGCUGUAAUGUUCAGUCAGACCAGGGCGCCAUGAACGACUUCAGACUCUGGUCCAACGGAAGCAUCAAGAUGCCCUUCAUGAACAUCCCAGUGCUGGACAUCAGACGGUGUCAGCCGGACAUGUGGAAGGCCGUGGCCUGUGCGCUGCAGAUCAAACCCUGCUACAGCAAGAGCAGAGGAAGCGUCAUCUGCAGGUCGGACUGUGUGGAUAUCCUGACCCAGUGUGGCGAUGGCAAGCGCUUCCUGGAGGGUCAGACGCCCGAGCGCAUCUGUGACCUGCUGUCUCCCACAGACGACCCGGAGCGCUGCAUCCCUCUCCACAGAUACCUGACUCCCAGUCCCUCCCAGAACACUGUUGAAGAGGUCAUCCACCCCUGCAACCCCAGCCCCUGUCCCAGCAGUCACCUGUGUCAGGUCAACAGGAAGGGCUGCCAGCCCGGACACCAAUGCCUGCCCUUCUUCUGCGUCCCCGGCUGUAAGCUGGGGGAGGCGUCGGAGUUCCUGGUGCCAGUGGACAGCCGGAUCCAGGUGCCCACCAGGAGCGGUCAGGUGGGCUGUUACGAGGUGUGCACCUGCGCUCAGAGCGGCCGACUGGAGAACUGUGCUGAAAUGCCCUGCUUCGACACCAGCAAGACCUGCCUCACGGGAGGACAGCGCCAGAGUCACGGCGUGUCGUUCCGGGUGGAUUGUCAGCGCUGCUCCUGCUUCGCCGGGGACAGCAUCUGCUCGUCUCGUGUGUGUGUGAGCUCCGACGGCUCUGACGAGGACAGACGGCUCUUCACAGGGCUUCACUGCGGCUGUGCCGAUCAUUUCGUGCCGGUUUGUGCUCGUAACGGACGCACGUAUCCCAGCGCCUGUGUGGCCCGCUGCGUCGGCUUCAGGGACAACCAGUUUGUGUUCGGCUCCUGCAGGAGCAUCGACCCCUGCUCCCCCAACCCCUGCCAGAGGAGCCAGAGGUGUGUCCCCAGGCGUCAGGUGUGUUUGACAGAGCUGUCAGAAUAUCCCUGUCCUCAGUACGAGUGUGUUUCCCGUCCAGCCGGCUGUGAUCAGAACCAGCUGGAUCCGGUGUGUGACACAGACAGCAUGGAACACGCCAAUCUGUGUUUGCUGUUCCAGCGGAGCAAGAGCCUGGCCUACAUGGGACACUGUCAGGAUACCUGCAGGAGGCCCAGAGAGGUAUGUGGUCAUAACGGGGAGACCUACAUUACGGUGUGUGAAGCGUUCUCGGACCGCGUGGCUGUAGACUAUCAGGGUCGCUGUCAUGCGGUUGGUGUUGUGUCAGAGUUCACGUCAGACUCGGGCUGCAACGCUGUUUCCUGCCCUCCACUCUCCAGCCGCGUCUGUAACCCCGUCACACCGCCCGGUGCCUGCUGUCCGGUGUGUGCGGGAAUGCUGCAGAUCCUCUGGAAUAAAGCACAGAUGAACAUCUACGCUAAGCUGAACCGGAAUCAGCCGGUGACGGUCCAUGACAUCCUGAAGAUCUUGCGGCUGCACAUCUCUGUUCCUCAGUGUGAUAUCUUCGGUUAUCUGAGCAUCGACUCUGAGCUCAUCUUCCUCAUCGUGCCUGUGGAUCAGCAGCCCACGCCGCUGCAGAUCGAAGCCUGCAGUAAAGAGGCAGAGAAGAUCGACUCUCUCAUUAACUCGGCCAGCCCAACGCUGGGCUCACACGUGCCUCUGGCGGCCUUCCUUCACUCCGAGCUCCAGCUGUCCACCAUCAGCUCGGCCGCGCUGCCCUCGCUCUCCCUCUCCCUCUGUGUCUUCAGCUCCUCGCUCCUGCUGUCUCUGACCUCUGACCUCUGACCUCUGACCUCCACCGACGAGGACAGUCAGACUCCAGGCUGCUCUCUCAGUAUUAAGGACUUCCUGAAGAGACAGAGACGGACAGAUCGCUGCUUUCACAGUCUCACUGAGCUUUUCUACCUUUGUAAAAACAGUCUGUUUUUUUUUAACUAUGAUAUAUUGUUUGAAAUAUUUUAUUGUUCCUUUAAUGUCAAUCAGUUUUUAAAAAUGACAAGAACGAGGAACGCAGCCAUGUAAACAAAUAUGACAAUCGUACUGCUCACCCGUGAAGUGGUAAACACAAUAUGCCUUGCUUAUAAAUUUAUAAAUAUAUAUAUCUAUAUAAAUGUAUCUGUAUAGAUUUUUUUUUUAAUAUGAUGAAGUAUGUUUAUGUUGAAAAGAGGAGCACAGUGUCCUAUUUAGAGAAGUCUGCAGGAUCGACAGUGCUAUUAUUUGUUACGUGACAGUAUUAUUUGGCUUUGGCAGCUGUGUAGCAUGAUGGGACUCCUGUCUGUCUCUGUGUCUAACACUUCCAUCUAUAUUUUUAUAUGAGAAUAAUAAAUGUGAUCAUAUUGCGGAAGGAUUUCA